GUUUGUGAGGAUUAGUGUAUCCUCCCUCGCUCCCUCGCUCGCUCCAUUCCAUUCCAUUAGCUGCAAGCUCUUUUACUUUACUGACUGUGCUUGACUGAGGCUGAAUUUGUCCGCAACAAUAGCCGCUCAACAUUCUCGCACAGCAGCUUUCAUCCUGGAAACGUUGAGCAAAUGCUCUCUGUCGUAGAAGUCAAGUAUUGAACGAACGAGUCAUGAAACCUUCUGUUGCAAACUCUCUUCUCCGAAGUGUGUCAGAGCCCUUUCACUCUUGAACGCCGUCCCAACAGAGAGCUAUAGAGUUUGUUCGAGAAUCACAUGAUUCGAAGGCUUGAUUUAAAUUCUAUCUAUCGCGUGGAGUUCGUUUGAGCUCCUUUGUUGGACCUUUGUCCCCGAAUCGUGUAGUGGCGUGUAUUUGCGCAUUUUCUUCGGGUUUUUGUGAUUAGGUUUCUGGUGCUUAGUGUAGCGCUCUGCUGUUACAAUGCUAUCCAACAAGUCUUUCGUUCGGAAAACUCGUCAUGGCAAAGUUGUGAAGGCAGGUGGUUCGGGAGCACUAUUUACGAGAUGAUAUAGCGUGCGGAGCCCUGUUCUGCGCAACGUGUGAUAAAUCCAGGGCGAAGUUGAGAGAGACUGCCCGCAACAUAAUUGUGAUUGAUACCAAUGUUGCUCUUCAUCAGAUGGAUUUGUUGGAGAAUGAAAUCAUGAAUGAUGUAGUGGUCCUUUCGGUGGUCUUGGAAGAAGUGAAGAAUAAAAACCUGAGUACAUAUAAUCGCCUCCGAGCUGUUAUCGACAACCCACUGCGUCACUUUUUUGUGUUUUCCAACGAAAAUCACAAAGAUACCUACGUAAAAUCCUUGGCUAACGAGACGCCAAACGAUCGAAAUGAUCGUGCCAUUAGAGUGGCGAGUCAAUGGUACCAGCAUCACCUUGGAGCUGCGAAGGUAGUAUUGAUUACAAAUGAUAAUGACAACAGAAGAAAAGCGCGUGAGGAUGGUAUUGUGGCUGAGACAGUUGAUUCAUAUGUCCAGUCAUUAGGGAAACCUGAAUUGUUGGACCUGGUCGCACGAAAUGAUGCCAUGGAUGUUGACACGGACGACAUACGCCCGAACAAGAAGGCAGUUGUUUAUGGAGAGCACAAAGUUAUGUCAGAGAUUGCAGCUGGUCUACACAACGGAAGAUUCCACCAGGGAAAGUUACGGGUAAAUCGUUACAAUCCUUUCGAAGCGUAUGUUGGAAGUGAAAGUGUUGGGAGCGAGAUUUUGAUUCUAGGCAGACAAGAUAUGAAUCGUGCCUUUGAUGGUGACGUUGUUGCCGUUGAGCUAUUGCCCCAAUCUUCCUGGGCUGGAAGUGAAGCAGGGAAGAUCGCAGAUAGAGACGACGAGGAAGAAGAAGAGCCGGUCGGCUUGGUCCCCGCAAGUGCUGAUGAUGCUCCUAGAAAUCUAAGGGUUGACGCCGUGGAUGGCAAGUCUGCUCCAAGUCGACCCACUGGACGAGUUGUUGGUAUCAUCAAGCGCAACUGGCGUCAAUAUUGUGGCUCUAUAGAACCAAUGAAGAUGCCUGGAGGUAGUGGAGGCACUGUGCAAGCAUUGUUUGUUUCGGCUGACCGUAGGAUCCCGAAAAUUCGCAUUCAGACCCGUCAGCUGGCCAAUCUCAUUGACAAGCGUAUUAUGGUAUCAGUGGAUUCCUGGGAGCCCACAUCAAGGUAUCCUAAUGGACAUUAUGUGCGGACUAUUGGAGAAAUUGGAGACCGUGCAACAGAAAGUGAUGUACUUCUCUUAGAAAAUGACAUUAAUAGUCGACCCUUCUCCGAAGCAGUGUUGGCAUGCCUUCCACCACUUCCGUGGUCCUUCUCAGAACAGGAGCACUUGAAUAACCAGCGCCAAGAUUUGCGUCAUAUACGUGUUUUCAGCGUCGAUCCUCUUGGCUGCAGGGAUAUUGAUGAUGCGCUUCACUGUACACUACUGCCUGAUGGUCAUUACGAAGUUGGAGUCCACAUCGCAGACGUCACCAAUUUUGUGCUCCCAAACUUGCCACUGGAUGAGGAAGCAUCACAGCGGGGCACAUCAGUAUACUUGGUGGAAAGGCGCAUUGAUAUGCUCCCAAAACCUUUGACUGAAGAUAUAUGUUCUCUUCGAGCUGAUGUCGAAAGGCUCGCCUUUUCUUGUAUUUGGGUGAUGAACUCGGAAGCAGAAAUCGAGUCUGUGAGGUUUACGAAGAGUGUGAUCAAGUCAUGCGCUGCUAUGUCGUACCUCGAAGCUCAAACUCGCAUGGAUGACAGUCGUCUUACAGAUGGAUUAACUACGGAUCUUCGAAACAUGAAUAGAUUAGCCAAGAUCAUGAGAUUAAGACGUAUUGAGCGUGGAGCUUUAACCCUCGCAUCGCCUGAAGUCAAGUUUGAAAUCGAUACAGAAACACAUGACCCACUUGAUGUUGGUAUGUAUCAAGUCCGAGAAGCCAAUCAGAUGGUCGAGGAGUUUAUGCUUGCUGCCAACAUGUCUGUAGCUGCAAAGAUAUUGGAGCAUUUUCCCUCUUGCUCUCUGCUAAGGCGGCAUCCAGAGCCCACUCCUCAGAUGUUCGAACCCUUGUUACGGACAGCAGCCGCUGUUGGAGUGACUUUGGACAUAUCGUCAUCCAAGGCACUUGCUGAUGCCUUAGAUCAUGCUGUGGGUGACGACCCUUACUUCAACAAGCUCAUUCGAAUCAUGGCAACUCGGUGUAUGACACAGGCUGUGUACUUCUGCAGUGGAGAACUGAGCUAUCCGGAAUAUCUUCAUUAUGGACUUGCUGCACCCUUGUAUACACAUUUUACUUCUCCGAUUCGUAGAUAUGCCGAUGUAAUAGUUCACAGACUGCUUGCUGCAGCUUUGGGUUUGAACACCCUACCAGAAAAAUUAAGAGAUGCUUCAGCUCUUACAAGCCUUUCUGAUAAUUUAAACUACCGGCACCGCAAUGCUCAAAUGGCAGGUCGGGCAUCUGUUGAGCUUCACACAGUUAUCUUUUUCAAAAAGCGGCCAACUGAUGAGGAGGCCAGAAUCGUAAAAAUACGAUCAAACGGUUUCAUAGUUUUUGUCCCCAAGUACGGAAUCGAAGGGCCAGUAUACCUUGUUGGGAAAGAAGCCAAGCAAACCGCAGUCGAUGGAAUGUGGGUAGUAGAUGAUGAGAACCAGAUAAUACGCUCUAGUGAUGGAAGUCGGACGUUCAAAGUAUUGAGUUCUGUUCGUGUGCACAUUGAAGUAGUUGAACCUCAACCGAAUCGUCCUAAACUACAACUUUCCCUUACAAUGUAAUUGUGGUUUACAUGUUCACAUGUAAAGAUUCGAGUUUUCAAUUUUUCCUUAUAGUUAUGCUCCCAAAUUAGGGUUAUCUGUAAUGUAGGACAAGGAGUUUUACAUUUAUAAAGGAAAGAAACUAUCUGGAUCAUGGUCGCAUGAUAAUGUAUCUUGGAGUUUACCAGUAAUCAAAUUUUUAAGUCUCUGUUGGUAUCGUA